CCUGGGCAGACGACAGGGAUGAAGAGCAGAAGUGUUAGGGUUUAAGGAGUCAUUCUGGAGCAACCCGGCUGCAGAGAGGAGUAGGUAUCAGCAGAGGUCUAUUUUAGGGUCGCAAGUACCUUCUUACCCUAACCGAGAAAGUGCAAACUUGCUGGAAGCCAGGAGAGGCUGGGGAAGGGUGCGAGUCUCCGAGGCGCCCUGUGGCCAACGCGCCCAGGAGGCGGUGUUGUUCCACUGGGGGUGAAGAAGGUGGCCAAUCUCUGUCGCCCCAUGGCCGCCUGGAGCUAGAGGAGCAGGAUCUGCAGGACGGAACUGGAGGCUAGCCCCCUUUGCAGGCAUCUGCGGCGGCUGCAACGUGGAGCGAGCGACCCAGCCGGGUGCAGGCCACAGCGCAGCCAAAGGAGUAGGAUCAUCGCUGUCUGCUCUGGCCUCGGAGGAUCUCUGGGGUGGACAGUACCCCCACCGAAUCCCCGAGUGAGCCGCGCCGGGGCGCAUCUGCCUCCCCGCGGCUCGCUAGGCUCGCCCUCGGCGCGCGCACACGCAAGCGCGCACACAUCCACACGCACACUCAUCCACACACGUGUGGAAGGCAGGCCGAGCUGUUCGGUCUUUGAACAUCUCAGUUAGAGCCCGGCGCAGCCCCGGCUGCCGCUCUGAGCUCCCUGCCGCCCUGCGUGUCUCCUGCCAGCCCAAGGAACUUCUCGUCUCUUCCCUUUUGACCGAAGGAUCCGAGUUCAGAUCCGCCACUCCGCACCCGAGCCUGACACACUGAACUCCAUUUCUUUCUUUUAAGUUUAUUUCUACUUCAGAGCCACUUACCCCCUCCCUUCCAGGGGAAAAACAAACCUUUCUUACUCCUUAAAGUGAGAGCCCCCACCCCCCCACAUUUGAGCAUCGCAUAUUAAUAUCUCCACGCUGGGAACGCGUUGCAUUUUCUUUUUUAAAGGAACCCUAGCCAGGGACGUUUUUCUAUUGGGUACUGACUUUCGAUUGCUUUGCAAAAGUUUCACAUUAAAAACAAACAAACAAGCAAAAAACUUUACCUGACCCUCUUUGAGAAUUAUUGUUUUCUUUAUAUAUAUACUUUUUCUUACUUUAAACAACACCACCAGCGACGUUUCCACCUUUGAAAAACAUGCACUACUGUGUGCUGAGAACCUUUUUGCUCCUGCAUCUGGUCCCGGUGGCGCUCAGCCUGUCUACCUGCAGCACCCUCGACAUGGACCAGUUUAUGCGCAAGAGGAUCGAGGCCAUCCGCGGGCAGAUCCUGAGUAAGCUGAAGCUCACCAGCCCCCCGGAAGACUAUCCUGAGCCGGACGAGGUCCCCCCGGAGGUGAUUUCCAUAUACAACAGUACCAGGGACUUACUGCAGGAAAAGGCAAGCCGGAGGGCAGCCGCCUGCGAGCGAGAACGGAGCGAUGAAGAGUACUACGCCAAGGAGGUUUAUAAAAUCGACAUGCCGUCCCACUUCCCCUCCGAAACUGUCUGCCCAGUUGUUACAACACCCUCUGGCUCAGUGGGCAGCUUUUGCUCCAGACAGUCCCAGGUGCUCUGUGGGUACCUUGAUGCCAUCCCGCCCACUUUCUACAGACCCUACUUCAGAAUCGUCCGCUUCGAUGUCUCAACGAUGGAGAAGAAUGCUUCUAACCUGGUGAAGGCAGAGUUCAGAGUCUUUCGUCUACAGAACCCCAAAGCCAGGGUGGCUGAGCAGCGGAUCGAACUGUACCAGAUCCUCAAAUCCAAAGACUUAACAUCUCCAACCCAGCGCUACAUUGAUAGUAAGGUUGUGAAAACGAGAGCUGAGGGGGAAUGGCUCUCCUUUGACGUGACGGAUGCCGUGCACGAAUGGCUUCACCACAAAGACAGGAACCUGGGAUUUAAGAUAAGCUUACACUGCCCCUGCUGUACCUUUGUGCCAUCUAAUAAUUACAUCAUCCCGAAUAAAAGUGAAGAGCUCGAAGCCAGAUUUGCAGGUAUUGAUGGCACCUCCACAUAUACCAGUGGUGAUCAGAAAACUAUAAAGUCCACUAGGAAAAAAAACAGUGGGAAGACCCCACAUCUCCUGCUAAUGUUGUUGCCCUCCUACAGACUGGAGUCUCAACAGUCCAACCGGCGCAAGAAGCGUGCUUUGGAUGCCGCCUAUUGCUUUAGAAAUGUGCAGGAUAAUUGCUGCCUCCGCCCUCUUUACAUUGAUUUCAAGAGGGAUCUUGGGUGGAAAUGGAUCCAUGAACCCAAAGGGUAUAAUGCCAACUUCUGUGCUGGGGCAUGUCCGUAUCUAUGGAGUUCAGACACUCAGCACACCAAAGUCCUCAGUUUGUACAAUACCAUAAAUCCCGAAGCUUCUGCUUCCCCUUGCUGUGUGUCUCAAGAUCUGGAGCCACUGACCAUCCUCUACUACAUUGGCAACACACCCAAGAUCGAACAACUUUCCAACAUGAUAGUCAAGUCUUGUAAAUGCAGCUAAGGUCCUCAGAAACGCCACGGCACGAAAAUCACGGUGACAAUGACACACGACAACGACAAUGACGAUGAUGAUGUUCGUGACACGAGGGAGUUUUGAUUCAUCAGUGUUUAGGAAAAUUGGAGAAAAAGCGGUACUAGUUCAAAUAUUUUGCGAGCUUGUGUUCUGUUUGUUAAAACUGGCAUCUGUGAUUACAGCAACAACAACAAAACCAUGGAAGGCUUUAGUCUGCAUUUCACCUACUUUGUGAGAGACACAAAAGAAAACAUCUUUUUUUUUUUUUUAAUGGAAAAAAAUAAACACUGGAAGAAUUUGUUAGUGUUAAUUAUGUGAAAGAAAAAAACAAAACAAAACAGGAAAAUCCGUUCGGUGGAGUUGUACGUAUUGUUUCCCCCCCACACACACCUCAACCCUGCUUCUUUCUCCUGGUUCCUCUGUAUUGCUCUGCAGUACACACUUCCCCUGUCCCUUUCUCUGAGCUAUCAGUGGGUUAUUUAUUGUGUGUUACUAUAUAAUGAACUUUUCACUGCCCUUGGAAAACAAAACAGGUGUAUAAAGUGGAAACCAAAUUCUUGGCCACAAACUCAUGGAUGACUUAAGGAAUUUGAACUCAAACAGGCUGGAAAAACAGGAGGGCAUACAGGGAUGAAGCCCCCAUGAGUCCUUAUAUGACUGAGCAACUCUGAGGAGGAUAGAAACCCCAAGAAGAUGUUCUGUGCACCAACUGCUUGCAGAAGCUUCAUGGACGGCCAUACUCUGAGAAGGCCUGUUAACGACAAAAAUUUGGAGUCAGUGGGAAUCUGGAAGAUUCCUUUUUUUCUUUUAAUUGUAAAUGGUUCUUUGCCAGUUUAAGCAAGCCAGUGAAAUGUUGACCUGUUUUGACGUGUAUUGUCAUACUUUGGACCGUGAAGUGUCUGUAGAGCUCUGAUACAGGUGUUUUCCUUUGUCUUGGUAUAUGUAAUCACACUGAUACUAUUAAAAUAGAUGGGUCUAGAAGCCAGCAAAAUUGAAAACACAUCUGCAAAUCUGUUUUUACAAACUAUUAAAUCAAAACAUUAACUACUUUAUAUGUAAUAUGUAGAUCCAUACCAUAUUUUUGAUAUUCUGUAAUAAUGAUUAUGGUUUAGAUUGAACUUAAAUUUGACUUUUUUUUUUUUAAUGAUCAUUUGAAGAUUGUAUGUUUGUUUCCUUUAGCUGGCCAGUACCUUUGAAUAAAACCCCUAGAUUUUGACUUGCACUACAAACUCAUUUUUAAAAUAAUUAUCUCCUCUGCUUGUCUUUUAUGUAUUGUCCAUUUCAUGACCUAAGAUACCUGGUUCCAUUUUCCCCUCUUACUUUUCUUUUCCAAAAGACAAAAAACAAAGCAAACAAACAAAACCAAAAAGGUAUGUUUGAGUUCCACAGUCUUCCUCCAUCUCUUCUAUGUCAGUACUAACUAGUCAGGUUGGAUGGCAAAGCUUCUCCCAGAAAUAUGGCUAUGUAUCAAUGCAGAUAAUUGAACACAAACGUAGUGUUAGAGAGGGUUUAAGACUCCGAACUCAGAACCCUGGUGACUGGGUGAGGAAAAGUUUCUCUAGCUUCCUUUAGUCCAUAUAUUUGUGGAAUUUUGUUGCUGUUAAAACAUAGACAGUUAAAGGGGGGUGGGUGAGGCACCUUUUUAUUUAAUUGGGCUUUUGGUUUCUUGGGGAGAAUUGAGAGAUACGCCCUUGGAUUGGGUUUUUCAAAUGGGAAAAAAGUCCAGACCAGCAAUUGUCAAUUUAUUCAUUUCCCCGAAGUUCAGGCCUUGAAAGAAAUUCUUUGAAGGCUGAAAAGGCACAAGCCAAAUUCUCCUUUGUCAAAUUUUCUUCCUUUCAUCUGGGUGAGAACACUCUAUGGCUGAGGUUAGCUUUGGCUUAAGGAAAUAUGUUGUCCUAUUUUUCAGAGGUGAGACCUGACAACGGGCUUUGUCACUUACUUAGCUUCAAAAUGUAAGCUAAUCUAUAAAACAGUAUUUAUGGUCUUACCAGAAUAUUGACUUUAUGGAAUAUUUAUGGUCUUACCCAAAGGGCAACAUAGUGAGAUAUGAAUAAAAAGAGAAUGUCUUUGACAUGGUAUACUUAUUUGGGGAACUUCCCUCAAAAUUCGUGAAAAUGGAGGAAAGGGAAUUGCCAACCAGAAGACAGACAACAAGUGCUGGUGAAUGGCUCUUGUGUCCCGUGGAACACAAACCCAGAUUUGCCUGUGUGUUCAUUUUCUGUCCCCUUCCACUCUUCUGUUAGUUCUGUAUAAACACCCCCCCUAUUUCUGCAUAUAUUUUCCUCUCAGACAAAAUGACCGGUUUUGAUCUGUAUGAUUUUAUCUCUCCAUCUGAAUGCACUGACUGCUCUUUUGUAAGGUUUCUUGAACUUUUUUCUCUCUCUCUUUUAAAGUCUGUGGGGUCUACAGGUCUUUAUUUCUAUUAAUAAAUAUUGCCAUGGGAGGGGUAAGAAGAGGGAGGGAGGGGUGUGUUAGCAUAUGGGUGGGGCCGCAGAUUGUAUGUGUUAAUCGACAGUACAAUUUUAUGGUUGGCAUGGUUUUUUAAAAAAAUGGAAUAUAAGAAUAGCUGUUAUGUGUUUUGAUGACCAAUUAUACUGUAUUUUAACACAAUGUAUGUCUGGUUUUUGUGGUGCUCUAGUGGUAAAUAAAUUAUUUCAGUUAUA